AUGAAUGAGCAUAUCAGGAAAUUUUCAAAACUUGUUGACAAUUUCGGUAGAAUUCAUGACUACUUACGCAUUUCUCUAACGGAAAAAUGCAAUUUGAAUUGUUUGUACUGUAUGCCUAGGGGAAAUCCUCACAUAAAUAAAAUCUCUUCAUAUAUGAUGCAAUCAAAGCAGAUUUUAUUCCUUGCGAAUUAUUUCUGUCAUCGGGGUAUACAGAAAGUUCGACUUACUGGUGGGGAACCCCUACUACGACCUGAUAUACUUCAGAUUAUAAGUUCGAAAUUUAUAUUUCAAAUUGAUUUUUAUGAAAAGAAUCUUUAA